AUACAAUUCUUUUUCUUACAUUUUUUUUUAAAUAUCAUUGAUUUCAAUCAUCUCUGACGCCCCCCUGUCGGGUUGAGGAGGCGGAGUGGCUUGCUUGCUAAACCAGCAACAACCUACUUAGGCUAGCUGAUGUGGCUGGAGGCUAGCUAGCUGUCAGCAGAGGUCUGAAAUUACGGAAAUUGUCAUUCAAUCAUUUUGCUUGCUCUUCAAGGACUAUGCCAAAGCAGCAGCUGCAACCAAGGUUGGAAAUUAACACCCGCCAAAUGCGGGCAGAUUUUGUCAUUCGCGGGCCACUCCAUGUGACCUUUGACAGUCCUGCUGAAUGGGAGAAACGAGGGCCAUUUGUGAGUGAGAAACUUGUGUGUCUCAGUGAUGUGCCAUGGGGUAUGACGUCACCAGGUUCCAAGGGGAGGUGGAUGAAGACUUGCUGUGUCCCAUCUGCAGCAUGGUACUGGAGGAGCCAGUGCAGGCCCCGCACUGUGAGCAUGCCUUCUGCAACGCCUGCAUCACCCAGUGGUUCAAUCAGCAGCAGAUCUGUCCUGUGGACCGCACCGUGGUGACACUGGCUCACCUCCGGCCUGUGCCCCGCAUCAUGCGCAACAUGCUCUCCAAACUCCAGAUUGCUUGUGACAAUGCUGGCUUCGGCUGCACAGCCACACUGCGGCUAGAUCAACUUCAGUCUCACCUGAAGGACUGUGAGCACAACCCCAAAAGGCCCAUCAACUGUGAGGAGGGCUGUGGGUUAGAGAUGCCAAAAGAUGAGAUGUGCAACCACAACUGCAUCAAGCACUUACGUGGCGUGGUACAGCAGCAGCAGACCAAGAUCUCUGAACUGGAGAAGAAUGCUGUAGAGCACAAGCAUCAGCUGGGGGAACAAAAACGGGACAUCCAGCUGCUAAAAGCCUACAUGAGAGCAAUACGCAGCGCCAACCCCAACAUGCAGAACCUGGAGGAGAGCAUUGAGUACAACGAGAUCCUGGAAUGGGUAAAUUCCCUCCAACCUGCGCGGGUGACACGCUGGGGCGGGAUGAUCUCCACGCCAGAUGCAGUUCUCCAGGCGGUCAUCAAGCGUUCACUCAUCGACAGCGGGUGUCCUCUUUCCAUCGUUAAUGACCUGAUUGAGAAUGCCCACGAGCGCAACUGGCCGCAGGGCCUGGCCACGCUGGAGACGCGGCAGAUGAACCGGCGUUACUACGAGAACUACGUUGCCAAGCGGAUCCCUGGGAAACAGGCGGUGGUGUUGAUGGCCUGUGAGAAUCAACACAUGGGAGAGGACAUGAUCCUAGAGCCUGGCCUGGUCAUGAUCUUUGCCCAUGGGGUGGAGGAGAUCUUAUAAGAACGCAAGGAGGGAAGGAGAUUUUAUAAGAAACUAGCCAACAUUAGGAGAAUGUCUAGUAUAGUUUGGCAGAGAGGAGUCCAGACAUUUAUGUCAGGGAUUUAUUCCUCUUU